AUGGCUUUGAAGAGAAAGAAGAUGUCAAAAUUAGAAGGGGAACAAUUGUACAUGCUUGAAAUUCUUAUCGAUCGUCUAAAUCUAUGUCCUGAAAAGGUAGUCAAUGAUAAAAAGUGUAAUUUAAUGAUACGUAUAAAUUUCAUCGAUCUCAUGCCCGUUGACAUUAUCGUUGAAGAAUCAACUGAGAUUAAUGGCAGAACUAGGAACAAAGAAAAUCGAUCUCCUGAUGUCAACUGCGAAGGCAAGACAUGUUUACUUAUCCAGACACCGAGCAAUUUAAUACGAUCUGUAAAAUCGAUUCCUCUGAGUGUCGAAGUGUAUAAGGUUUCUCGCGAGGGAGACCAUAACCCGCAGGAUGACACUUGUCAGGUUCUUCUCUGCGCGGCAACGGCAUUUUUGCCAGGACAUUUUUGCGAUCGUGUAGCCGCUGCUAAGGACAAGAUAGACGGGCUAUCGGAAUCAUAUAUGUUAACAGAGAUUUACACCUUGACCGACGAAUAUGGUAAUCCCUGUGGAUCUAUAUCGAUGUCUCUGAGAUUAUCGUGUUUCGGGAGCUCCAUUAUCAAUCACCUUACGCUUCAUGAAAAAUCAUUCGUCCUAAGAGGUUUUCCUUUCGGUGGGAAACUUCCUUGCACAAAAUUAUCCAAUAAAGACAUAAAUGGCGUGACGGAAAAAUACGACGACAAAACCUUGUUAUUGCGCGAAAUUCUGGAUCCAUCGUACUCAAAAUUAUACAAUCAAAACAACAAUACCAAAAUAAAGUCUGUAUUAACGAGACCGGAAUCGUCACCUUGUAUAUCAAUGGGUCAACCAGGAUUCGAGAAAUUAACGAGCGCCGAGAAACUGAAUGAUCGUAAAUAUCGCAGUUUGAUCUAUGAGAUUUAUCCGGACGAGUCGACUUGCUCGUGUCCACCAAUUAACCAAUCAAUGCAUCCAAUGAUGUGUCGUUCCGGAUGUGUUCGUUCUUGUUGCAUGGCUUUAAGAAAUCCUGAUGCUAUUAAACAUUUCCCAUCGUUCGCUACACUUGCUCACUAUUCCGACGAUUCUGAUUUAAAACCAGAUGCUGUCUCAAACUUGGCCAAUCGUGAUAUUACGAGAAUGAGGGGUGGUGAGAACAUAGAAAAUAAUUAUUUAAAUAACGAAGAGUUAUGGGAUGAAGAGCACACAUGGCAUGAGAAUAACAUGAAAAAUCGCAUGAUGGGUGGAAGCGAUUAUACAUCAGCCUACGCGCUUUCCAACGCGACGAAUGUCAUAUAUGAAAAGAGCAAGAAAACGGGUGCUAGCUCUCGUCCAAGAAACACGGAUAGAAUUGAGGAUUGCAUUUGUCCAGGAAAGGCUCCGUCUAGGAGAACGGGCGCGUUUAGAUGCACAAAGAAACCGUGUGUGGGCGCGGAUUGCAUGAUUCGCGCUUUCAAGGAAGCUCAAGAAUUUGUGGAUUCUCUUGGCAAGGUGCCGGGUUUGGUAGGUCUUGGCUUAAUGGAUCCAUCCGAGAGUCCUUAUUUUGGUAGAGACGUACAGAAGAAGGAUUGCGCCGUUCCGGAAGCACCGAGCGAGAAAAAGCAAAAAUAUCCCGUAACGCCGAUUCAAUGUCCCGCUCCUUGCAAUACGCAGAUUGGUACACCUAUCGUCAGCACCCUUUUUAUACCUCAAGCCACAUCGAGUCCCAUACAGACAGCGGUUCCAGGACGUACUGGAGUUGUACGCGAAGCGAUACCAGUAUUACCGGUAGCAACGCUAGUCCCGGUCGCUGUUAAGCCGAAGAAGAAAGAGGACAAAAAAGAAGAGAAGCUGGAAAAGCAAAAAGAACAAGAUAUUACGAACAUUGUGCCGCUGGAUGUCAACGUUGGUCCUUGUGGUGAACCAAAGUGCAAAUCUCGCCGGAAGAAACGUAAAAAUAAUCAGAUGGUACCGCAUGAGACCGUUGAGGAACCUCAAGAAAAACCGAUACCAAGCACGAUCACCACAAAAACCGCUGGCAAAUCUAUCAAAACUCGACGAUAUCUAAAAAGUAAACCAGGUCCGGCGGGUGAUAUCGAUAAGGGUCCCAUCAAAGUUAGUAGGCGAGUGAUGCGCUACGUCUAUUCUAUUGGCGACAUCUAUCCCGGGACUAAUUACGGCCACAAGACUUGUAUCGAUCCGCGAUUUAGAAUACCGGCUAACAUGGGCUGGCUGUGGACCACGAGCAAGACGGUAGGCAAGCUCAAACCACGGAUCGGUUGGAAGCCGGGCGCGAUCGGACGUUACUUGAACGAGUUGCUGAAGGAAGCGAAGGGCACCUCUAUAAUGGAGACUCAGCCGAAGACCCAGUCAACACCUUCGCGCACCAGCUUGCGACACGACAAAAUAUACAAGAGCAUAAGUUACAUGUCACAAGUAAAGAAAGAGGGCGAGGAAGAGAUGGAACCACCUCCGACGCUGCACAUUCACCGUAAGGACGGCACGUAUUACGUGACGAUGUAUCCGAUCAGGCAGGAGACCACGGAUGUGCCACAUCUCGAAGAACCAAUGAAGCCGCUGCAAUUUAAAAUAGUCCGCAAUAAGGACGAUGCUUCGGUUGCGUCGAGCUCCACGGCAUCGGAUAUGGAAAUCGAAUUUUCACCACCGGCGGCGAUCAACAAGUACCGCAAGAAGCCCGAUGUGAUUCACGUGGAAACUCAAGUCAGGCAGCAAGAGAUCCUCGAUGCAUUUAAGCCGACGGACGAAGUGCCAAAGAAAAAAUAUUUCCUGAUCAAGAAAAAAGACAAGGCGUAUUUUAUGUUGUGCCAGAACAAACUUUACAUUAUCUUCUCUAUAUGA